AGACCCGGACCACCAGGACCACCUGGAGAAGCAGGAACUCAGUAUACACCUGGAGCCGCAGGCAAGCCUGGUCCCCAAGGUCCACGCGGACCUCCAGGAGAGCCAGGUAAGCCUGGAUCUCCCGGAAAGGAUGGAGCCGUAGGACCACCAGGACGUCCAGGCGCCCCAGGGAAGGACGGACGCCCCGGAAAAAAUGGACAGCCUGGACCGGUAACUACUCUAAAAGGGGAGACUGGACAGCCAGGUCCAGAUGGAGAAUACUGUCCUUGCCCGCCAAGAGCAAAGCGCCGUUCACGAACAGCUUCGCUUUUGUCAGAAGAAGAAAAAAAUAAAACUAAAACUUAA